ACUCUUGAAGUACGCGUUUAUGGUGAUUUUCCCACCUACUCUGCAAGUUGGCCUCUCGUUGACCGUUUCACAGAACCGAAAUCCAGAGUAAUUUAAUUACUGCAAUCUUCUUCCCCGUUUUCUUAAUUAGUCUGAAAAUUAGUUUUGCCUUAAAAGUUUAAGCUUGUGAGACUCCAAUGGCGUCCACGAGCACUCAAACAGCCUCCUCCUCUUCCUCGCCGUCAGAGCAUGGGUGGGAAAACGAGGUUUUCCUCAGUUUCUACGGCAAAGACACCCGCAUGGGUUUUACGGACCAUCUGUACGCCGAUUUGACACGGAAAGGCAUUAUCGCCUUUAGAGAUGAUGAAAAACUUCAACGAGGAGAAAAUAUUUCUGAAGAACUCUUGAAAGCAAUACAAGAAUCUUUGUACGCAAUUGUCGUCAUGUCAAGAAACUUCGCCUUUUCCAAAUGGUGCUUGAUGGAACUUGCCGAGAUCGUCAAAUGCAUGGGAGAAAAGAGGUUGACGGUUUAUCCCAUAUUCUACCAUGUGAAUCCCUCCGACGUACGAAAUCAAACGGGAACUUUUGAAAAAGCUUUUUCUAUGCAUGAAGAAAGCCUAAAGGUUGACAAGGAGAAGAUGCAAACAUGGAGAGAUGCUUUGACAGCACUGGGGAAGAUCUCCGGAUGGCACUUGCAUGAUAGCUACGAAUCACCACUUAUCCAAGAAAUCACCGGGAAGAUAUUUAUUGGAUUGAAUUGUAGAUUAUCAAGUGAUUACAAGAAACUUGUUGGAAUAGACUCUAGUGUCAAGGAAAUGAUGAACUUACUUGGUAUAGGGUUGGAUGAUGUUCGCUUUAUAGGAAUUCAUGGGAUGAGUGGAAUCGGCAAGACUACUCUGGCAAGAGUCAUUUAUGAAAGAGUUUCCUGUCAAUUUAAAGCUAGGAGCUUUAUUACUUGUGGUAGAGAAGAAACUAAAAAUGGUGGUCUAGUUUACUUACAAAAACAACUUCUUUCUAUGAUCACGGGAGAAGAAAUAAAUGUAUGGGACAAUGGUGAUGGAAUCAAUGUGAUAAGGAAAAGACUACAUAGAAGAAAGGUUUUUGUUAUCCUUGAUGACGUGGAUAGUGAAAAACAACUAGAAGGAUUAGCAGGGAGUCACGAUUGGUUUGGUAUAGGAAGUAGAAUCAUUAUAACAAGCAAAGAUGGUCAUUUAUUGAAAAGACAUGUGAGUGGUAUCUAUAAGGUUAAGGAGUUGAAUGAUGAUGAAGCUUUGCAACUCUUUAGUUUGUCAGCUUUCAAGAAACCCCAUCCUACAGAAAACUAUGUGGAUAUGUCCAAGUACUUCGUGAAUUAUGCUCAAGGCCUUCCUUUAGCUCUUAAAGUUUUGGGUUCCUUCUUGUUUGGUAGAACACAAAGUGCAUGGAAAAGUGCUUGGGAUCAAUUACAAGAAAAUCCUAGUAAGGAAAUUUUGGAUGUACUUCAGAUAGGUUUUGAUGGACUGGAGUAUUUGCAGAAAAAGUUAUUCUUGGAUAUCGCAUGUUUCUUUGAAGGAGAGAAGCUUGAUACUAAAUUAAUGGAUGUAUUAGAAAGUUUCGGUUACUAUCCAGGCAUCAACCUUGAUGUUCUCAUGGACAAGUCCCUCAUAACCAUCUCAUAUGGGAAGUUGUUGAUGCAUGAUUUGCUACGAAAAAUAGGUCGGGAAAUAGUUCGUCGUGAGUGUCCCGAAGAUCCCGGUCGACGUACUAGAUUGUGGUGUUAUGAGGACAUCCUUCGUGUAUUAAAGAGUAAAAACGGAAACGAACCAGUUGAAGGCAUAGUCCUAAACUUACCUUUUCAAAAAAGUGAAAAAUUGAGAGCCGAAGCCCUCUCAAAGAUGACAAAGUUGAGGAUUUUUAAGAUUGACCAUCACUGCUUUUAUGGCAACUCAUCAGCAAUUGAAUGGAAUGGAGAUCCUUUAAAAUCCUUGUCAUCCAACGAGUUGCGAGUCAUAGAAUUAGUUCGGUAUCCUUUGAAAUCCUUUCCGAGCAAUUUCCAAUCCGAUGAUCUGAUUGAUCUCUGCAUGCGUGAUAGCCAAGUUAAACAAUUAUGGAAGGGAUCUAAGCAGAGUUUAGGAAGCUUGAAACGCAUUGACCUGAGUUGGUCCAAAAGCCUGAUCGAGACACCAGAUUUCAGCGGAAGCCCAAAUCUUGAGACACUAAACUUUUCAUGGUGUAGAAGUUUGUCUAAGGUCCACCCAUCCAUUGGAGUUCUCAAACGGCUUAAAUUGCUGGAUUUAAAUUCCUGCGGAAGUCUUAAAAGCCUUCCAGACAAAAUCAAUUUAAAAUCUCUUGAAAAAAUUUCUCUUUAUUAUUGUUCAAGACUUGAGAAGUUUCCAGAUAUUGUGGGAGAUAUGACAUCUUUGAAGGAAGUUACUUUGGGUUAUACUGCCAUAAAAGAAUUGCCGUUAUCAUUUAAGAAUUUAUCCGGCAUUUCUGAAGGAUUGUUUUUAGAUGGCUGCAAAAACCUUUCGAUUUUCCCCAGUGUUAUAUAUAGUUUGUCAUCUCUUACAAAACUGGAUUUACGCAACUGCCGAAGACUAGAGAAAUUUCCAGACUUGAGUAGCAUGGAAUGUCUGGAAUCGCUUGGAUUGGAGAAAACUGCUAUAACACAAUUGCCAUCCCCCAGUCUACGUCCAAAGAACAUCAAAGAAUUACACCUUAGUGGAUGCAAAGGUUUGCCACCUAAAUCAAGAGAUUCGCGGUUACAUCUAUACCCGUCAAAAAAAAGCUCAGAUCCCAUCUGUGUCUCUUUUUUAUCAUAUUGCAGUACAAAAUACUAUUCACAUGGCAUUUAUGCUGAAUAUAAAGGUGAGGGCGACAGUAUAUUGCAUGGUCUAGGAAUUUCUUUGCGGGCUUUAGACAAUCCAUUGAUGUAUGACUAUGAUAUUCUAUAUGGCUGGUCGUUGGUACAUGGAAUCCCAAAGUGGUUUGACAAUAGAAGUCCCGGUUUCUCUGUAAAACUUGAGUUGCACAAUAGUAAGUGGAAGGGAUGUGCUUUGUUCAUUCUUUAUGAAGUCCAUGACCAGACAGAGAAUUCGUAUUAUAGGAUUUUUGAGUCUGAGUUUGGUCCCUACAUCUGGUUUAUGUUUAAUUUUGAAACCGAUGAAGAUCCUGUAAAAAGAUCCGUUUCCAUUCGAGCCCCUCAAGUCUCUUUUGUUGGGGCGAUUGGGUUUUGGGUGUACAUAUCAGCACAGUGGUUUUCAGAACGAUGGAAUAAUUUGGAUGGAUGGAGCUACAUUAAAACUUCGAUUACAACACAAAAUGUUAAUCGUGGUUGGAGUGGCGAGAUUGAGGUGAAAGAGUGUGGGGUGCGUCUUAUAUGUUCGCAUGAUGCUUCACAAACGUUCUACAAUAGCAUUGGUCCCCUUGGUUUCGAAUUGGAAUUCAUGGAAACGGGUAGCCGUGGCGUGGAGCCCCUCAAUAUCAUUGACCUUGUCAAGGAAAUUUAAAUUUAAUGUUGUUUAAUCAAUUGAUCCAUUCACAGAUCACAGCUUCCAGAUUAGUUGAGGCAAUUCAGAUGAAAUUGAGGCUUCCCUCAAUUCCUAGGACUGCCCAAGCUUUUCUUGUUUCUGGGGCUCUAUGUUUCUCAAGUUUCUGCCAACAUGAAGUAACCUAAGCAAUAUAUACAAGUUCAUGGAGUUUUACAAUGGGGUUUUCUCCUUUCAAUAAAUGUUCUUCAAGACAACAAUGCCAAGAAAGAGGAGCUCCAUGCACGAGCGAAGGGGUUGAAAACUCUUGGUAAAUUCUUCCAGAGGGUUAAAUCAGCCAACGGAAAUGAUACUGAAAUGAUUCUAAAUGGUGGAGUACAUAAGCUGAAUGGAAGUGAAUCAAGCAAAUUGAAUGGAAGUGAAUCAAGGAAAAUGAAUGGAAGUGAAUCGAGCAAUGAUGCUACUUCUAGUACAUCACUGAGGUACGAGAGAGCCCCUAUGUGGAAACCCCCAACAUUGGAGGCUUUAACUUCCCAAAGCCAACGCCACCGAUUGGUGCUCCAAGACAUUCUUCAAUGGGCAGGGAGUGAUGGAACAGAGGUUUGAUAUCAUGUGUGAAAUGGUUGUCGUGUAUAAUACCUUUCAUAUGUAUCAAUGUCGUGGUUGUAUGAAUAGCUGAUUGUGCUUUCGUGCUGGAAAGCACAUCCCACCUUUGGCUUAGUGCGCAUGCUGUAAUGUAUGUAUCUAUGGCAGACAAAUAAUUAUAUACAUUUAGGAUGAGGAGGAGGAGAUGGUUGUAGAAGGAAGGUAUUGUUUUGCAUUUGUCACCA